GGACUCUCGGGGAGUUGUUUGUUUGUUGUUUACUCACGAAGAGAUUAGAGAGUUUGAGUAGAAGGGGAGAAUCGGAAUCGGAAUCGGAAUGGGGGCAAUAACGACGGCCGUGAUAGCAAUCGGAGCGGUGGUUGCAGGAUGGAUCACCAUCGAAAUAGCUUGCAAACCUUGCCUGGAGAAAGGUCGGGAAGCCAUUGAUCGUUCUCUCAAUCCUGAUUACGAUCCUGACGAUGAAGUCUCCGACAUUCGUGCUCCUCUAAAUCCCAACCACAAUUUCACGCCAGAUCUUGACGAUACAAACCCUAGUCAUCCAUCUUCCACCACUUCCGAGGUUAUCAAGGCCGUUUGAUUUCACUACCUUCUUUCCUCGUAUUUAACGGGUAAUCGCAUUUUGUUGUUCUCGUGAAUCGUAUUCCGGAUUUUAGAAUCUUCGGUUCGGGUUGAGGAAUUCUCUUUUGAAUUGGUCUACCGAUUAUAUUGCUGCUUCAAGGGACGGUCAACGGAUUGCAAUGUAAAAAUCUCUUGUUUUGUGUUUUGCUUGUUGGAUCUCUAAUUCUUUUUAAUAUAGGGAUGAUAGAAACUGUUUUCUUAGUAGAAUAAAUGGAAUGUAUAAAUGUUUCUAUAUUAUGUUGUAAUUUAAGGGGUUUGUGUUUGUGAUCGAGUGUUUAAGCUUCAA